AUGUUGAAAAGAAAUAAAGCAAAUGUUGUAAAUAAUACUGAAGUAGUUGAAGUUAAACAAACUCCAACACCUUCGCCAAAACCAACGCCUUCACAAGCAAAACCUUCAAUGACUCCUGAACCUAUGGAAGUACAAACUCCUGUUCAAAAGUCAACUCCUAAACCGACUCCAACAUUUAAACCAGAACCUACGCCUCAAAUAAAUCGUAAAACUCCUGCGUUUCCUUACUGA